AUGUCCUCGUAUCUGUUCAAGUCAAACGUCAAUGAGUACCUGGAAGGACUCCCAGAAUCUGUCCAGUCGAGGCUCUACCAAUCACCUGCUACUUGUUUAGCCAUCUAUAGACUUUUACCAGGUCUUGCCAAAUUCUUCAUCAUGUCUAUGGUAUUCAAUGAAAAACCUCAAGCUGUUCGUGAUUUUGAUAGUUGGGUUAAACCAAAUGGUAAAAUGGAUUUAGUGGAAGCCCUACGAUCAAUUAAAAGUUUACAUUUAUUAAAAGAAGCUAAUGGAAUUGCUAUUAUGAAUCCUGUGUUCCGUAAAAGUUUCAGAAAUGUAUUAACUGGUAAUGAAAUAGGUAAUUCAUUUGGUGUCUUGUGUGAUACUGAUGAUACUCAUAAAGUUAGUGUGGAGUUUCUUGAUCAAUACGCAGCUAAUAAAUGGGAAACAAUUUUACAUUUCAUGGUUGGUACUGAAUUGGAACAAAGUCCAAGUCCUGGUGUAUUGAGUCUGCUGACUCAUAGUGGAUUGAUGGAAGGGAAAUCUGUUAAAGAUAUGUUAAUCACAAAUGAAGGUUUCCAAUUCUUAUUACAAGAUGUUAAUGCACAAUUAUGGACUUUAUUAUUACAAUAUUUAAGAAUGGCUGAAAGUUUACAAAUGGACCCUGUGGAUGUUUUAAAUUUUAUAUUCAUGUUAGGGUCAUUAGAACUGGGUAAAGAUUAUUCUUUAUCCGCGUUAAGUGAAACUCAAGUUAAUAUGUUGGGUGAUUUAAGAGAUUAUGGAUUAAUAUAUCAACGUAAAUCCACUUCAAGAAGGUUUUAUCCUACAAGACUUGCUACAACAUUGACAUCUGAUACUACAUCAUUAAGAUCAGCAUCAAGUGCUAUGAAUAAAGUUAUUGAAAAUGCUAAAGAUAGUGCUUAUACACCAACAAAUAUAGAAAAUUCUGGUACUAUAAUUAUAGAAACAAAUUUCAAAGUUUAUGCAUAUACAAAUUCACCAUUACAAAUUGCCAUUUUAAAUUUAUUUGUUCAUUUAAAAGCAAGAUUUUCCAACUUGGUCACGGGUCAAAUUACAAGAGAAUCUAUCAGAAAAGCACUUGUAAGUGGUAUAACAUCUGAACAAAUCAUAUCAUAUUUAGAAUCACAUGCACAUCCACAACUACGAAGAGCUGCUGAAGAAGAAUUAAACAAGAAGAAUGGAUUUGAAUCAAAUAAUCAUGGUGAAAAAAUUCAAAUUUUACAACCAACAAUUGCAGAUCAAAUUAAACUAUGGCAAUUAGAAUUAGAUAGAAUCAUGUCAUUUGAUGGAUAUUUAUUUACAGAUUUUUCAAGUGAUCAAGAAUAUCAAGUUUUAUCAAAAUAUUCCGAAGAAAUUGGUGUUUUAUUAUGGAAUGAUUCCUCGAAGAAGAAAUUUUUCGUUACAAAAGAAGGUAAUUCUCAAGUUAUUGCAUUUGCUAAUAGAAGGCUUAAAAAGAAGGCAUAA